AGCUAUUUUAAUUUCAUCUUCUUUUUUUCUCUCUCUCUCUAUUUUAGUUUUGAAGCUCAAUUCUAGGUACUUAACAGUUAGCAGACUACUUUUCUCGAGGAAAUGGCUUCCAAGUCAUCAACCCGUAAGAUGAGCUUGAAGCUUCUAAUCAACAAAAAGGACGAUAAAGUUGUCUUCGCUGAAGCUAAAAAGGAUUUCAUAGAUUUCCUCUUCAACCACUUCUUGACUUUGCCCAUUGGCACCAUCGUGAGUUUCCUCCCAAAAGAAAAUUGCCUAAGAGACUUGCAUGAGAGUAUCAACAAAAUGGAAAAAGCUUACCUGUUGCAUAACGAGAGCGAGGACUUGACCUUGAAACUGAAAACACCAGUCUUUGCUUUUCUUCCUUUCUUUAAUCGUUAUUCAUCAAGGAGUUGGAGUGAUCAGCAUCCCUACGUGGUGGCUGAUGACUAUUCGGUUUCAUCAAGGAGUCGGAGUGAUCAGCACGACGACUUGGUUACCUACAUGGUGGCUGAUGACUUGUCGGUUACACCCAUGUCCAUGACAUCAACCAUGGCUCUAUUUAAGAAAUACAACAUACAGGAAGUUGAUGUUCUUGAGGAAAAGGUGGUUUCAAUUGGCCUUGAAGAGGCUUUGCACCUGUUGCAUUGUGCUUUGCAUUCCAAGGAAGCUCUCACUAAUGUCUUCCUUUAGAAAGAAUAAACAAAAACAAAUGAAGGAUAAGGGGAUGAUUUAGUUUGUUCUCCUCCCUUACAAUCUAUAAAUUUGGUUGUUUGAGGGCUGAACCAUUCAAGUAUGUAAACUCUCUUGGUUCCUGAAUUUGUAAAAAUCAUAAAGUUCCGAAUCUCUUAACAAUGUUUAUGCUUAAUUGUCUUUAUGUAAUGUAAACUCUCUUUGUCCUUAUAAGAAU